GAAGCGGAGCAAGGUGAGGGACGCCGAGAGAGAUCGCUGGCGGGAGAGAGACUGCCGGCCCGGGCUCUCCUCAGGGCUGCGGCCACGGCUGCGGAAGGAGGCAGGGAGCGCUUUCCCAGAGCUGGGUGCAAACUCUCCGACGAGGUUUGCAUCCAGCGGGCGCCACCCGCUGCGCGGAGCCUGGGACGUCCAGAGAGAGCUGGGACCGAUCGGUUGGCGCUCCGGAUGCGAGAGAUCCUCGAGGGGAGCACGGGGACCCAGACGCCGACAUCUGUGAGAAAGCCAGUGUCCAGCGAGCAGGCAUCCUCACUAGACCCUUAAGAAACCAGCCGUCCAAGAAACUGCGGAUCUCAGGACUGCGCGGAGGGAGAAAGAGGGUCAAAGAAGACCACACUCAGGUUCUGAACCCUCAGGAGCUGUCCCUGGCCCCGACCCACGGGGGACCUGCAUCUUGUGGGGAACCGCUCCACCGGGGACAGGAGCCUGCCCGGGGCACACCCGUCGGGGGGUGGGAAUCUAGACCCAGGCUCGACCCCGCGGAGAGCCCCGGGCCUCCGCCGCCAUUGCGCCCAAAAGCGAGGAGGAUUUGCUGGCCCUGGCCGCGUCACGGCUGAGCCGCCGCAAGCGGGUGGCGGGUGCGGCCGUCGGGGUGGCCAUGGUGCUGCUGCUGCUGGUGGCCAUCCCGCUGCUGGUGCACAGCUCCCGCGGGCCCACGCACUAUGAGAUGCUGGGUCGCUGCCGCAUGGUGUGUGAUCCCCACGGGCCCCGAGACCCUGGCCCCGACGGCGCGCCCGCUUCCGCGCCUCCCUUCCCGCCAGGUGCCAAGGGAGAGGCGGGCCGGCGCGGGAAGGCAGGCCUAAGGGGUCCCCCAGGACCCCCAGGUCCUAGAGGGCCCCCGGGAGAGCCAGGCAGGCCAGGUCCCCCAGGUCCUCCCGGCCCAGGUCCCGGAGGGGCAGCGCCCCCUGCAGGCUACGUGCCUCGAAUUGCCUUCUAUGCGGGUCUAAGGCGGCCUCACGAGGGUUACGAAGUGCUGCGCUUUGACGAUGUGGUGACCAACGUGGGCAACGCUUACGAGGCAGCCAGUGGGAAGUUCACCUGUCCCAUGCCUGGUGUCUACUUCUUCGCUUACCAUGUGCUCAUGAGAGGCGGCGAUGGCACCAGCAUGUGGGCUGAUUUGAUGAAGAACGGACAGGUCCGGGCCAGCGCCAUUGCCCAGGACGCGGAUCAGAAUUAUGACUACGCCAGCAACAGCGUCAUUCUGCACCUAGAUGUGGGCGACGAGGUCUUCAUCAAGCUGGACGGCGGGAAGGUGCACGGCGGCAACACCAACAAGUACAGCACCUUCUCGGGUUUCAUCAUCUACCCGGACUGAGCCGGGAACCUUUCGCACACUCCUGCUUGUCCCUUUGUUCCCGUGCACACCCACUUCCAGCUCGCCCCGCCCAAGGCCCCAUCCUUUGAGAUCCUGGCGGCGGGGCGAACCCUCCCGCUCCUUGAGUCUACCUGCAUGGGCUGAUUCUAGGAGCUUAAGGGUCUACGUGGCUGCGGGCCCGAGGCCGGCGGGAGGAGUAGAGCUGCUUAGAUCAGCUAGCGCUCCAGAGAAGGGCAGAGGUCAUGGCUGUCUCUGGCCUGGAGCUGGGGAGCAGUUUCACUAGCGGGGCCCAGAGGCUCACGAGGAGGAAGAGGGCCUUGUCGGCAUGGGAAGGGAAGAACGGAAACAGAAGCCUGCUGGGCGGAAGGAGACUAGCACAGGGUAGGCACUGGACGCGGGUCAUGACAACUUACUCUUCUCUUCCCCUCCUCCCUCAUCUUCAUUUUUCAGGCUCCAGGCUCCCAGCCUUGGAGCCUUCCUGUGAACAGGAGGAACCAGUGACUUCGUUCCUAGUAUUUAAAACUCAUUGUGUACAGUGCCCAUCGCAGUUCUCUCCAGGCUAGGUCCUGGGGCUACAGCUUCCUUUGCCUCUUCCAAUAA